AUGGUGCUGUUUCCUGCCCCAGACGGGACCUCGGGCUUCUCCUCGCUUUCGCUCCCGUUUGGGCACAUGUCCCAGGACAGCCACAUGUACGAAGAGGAGGAGGAGGAGGAGGAAGAGGAGAAGGAGGAGAAGGAGGAGGAGGAGGAGCCGGCUGAAAACGCUGAUCCAAACUCAGAGGAGGAGGUUCUGGAUGAAGAAUCGAAGUUGAUGAUGGAGAUGGGGCUUCCUCUGAGCUUCUCCAGCUCCUCAGCCUUCAAGAGAAAAGGGAAAAGGCUGAACAAGAACCCUGCUCCGUUUUGGGCCACAGCACCAGACCAAGACUAUUCUGAAGAAGCAGAAGAUGGAGCCGCUGCAGACUGUGAGCCAGAGCCGUGGGACUCGUACUGGGCCGAACAGGGCGAGGCCUUGCUGUGGUCACACUGGCUGGAGAACAAUCCGGAAUAUGAACUCAACCCUGAGCUGGACCCUCCCUGGUCUCAUCCAGAGCUGAAGCCGAGCUGGGACCUCCACUACGCACACACCUACUACCACUACCAAGAGCAGUUCAGAUACUGGAGCAAGCAGGGCUGGACCGCUGAGGAGACCAGUGUGGACCAGCAAAACGAGGAGACCAGAAGAGACCAGCAAAACGAGGAGACCAGAGGAGACCAGCAAAACGAGGAGACCAGAGGAGACCAGCAAAACGAGGAGACCAGAAGAGACCAGCAAAACGAGGGAAAUGUGGCAACCUAUUUAGACUCUCAAAAAGUGGCGAGCUCUGUGGACCUGGACAAUGUGGCGAGCUCUGUGGAUGGACUGACGGCAAAGUUUGAGGAUUCUUGUGGGUUGAACUCGGAAGAAGAUCAGAAGGAAAGGGGGGAAGGAGCAGAGCCGAGCGAUGGUGGAAGUGACGAUACAAAGCCCACGGAAAGACAAGGAAACGUACAGGAUCAAACAGGUUCAGAGCAGAGAGCAGGAGGUGGAGGAGGAGGUGGAGCUGGAGCUGAGUCCAGGAGGAAGAGCUCUGAGGAUGAUGAAGAGGAGCCUCCAGGAGAGCAGCAGUUCAAACUCAAACGCAGUCACGAGUUGGACCCAGAGGAAAGUCCACAGAUGUCUGAAGAGUCCUGGAGAGAGCUGGGCCUGAAGUGCAGAGAGAACCCUCUAUUCUGCAGUGUGCUCAGCACCAGUGGGACUCCGAGAGGACAGAAGAGAGGAAGGAAGAGGAAAACCAAUUCUCACAUCCGGUUUUCAGACACAGAGAGCGAGUCUCACAGAAGCUCCACUCUGACUAAGGUGAAGGACUUUCUGGGCAUUGUACAAAAAGUGUCUGCAUCAGGUCCCACCUCAGACUGUGACCCGGGACACGAGGACAUCACCUCACAGAGUACAGAGACGUCAGGUGAAUGCAGAGAGGCACAGGACGGGGCUGGACCAAACUGGACCAAACCCAGACCAGUGGAGGACCAGGAAGACCAGAAGGACCCCAAAGACCACAGAGCACAGACCAAACUGCUGUGGAGAUCAGAGGCGGACCAGGAGGACCCCCAGGACCACGGAGCACUGACGAAACAGAGACCAGAAGAAGACCAGGAGAGACCAAAUAACCACCGAGCACUUCCCAGUCUGGAGACCCCAGACUUCCUCCAGCCUCAAGCCUCUGGAGAGGCCAGUGCAGACGUGUCUCGGAGGAAGAGGACAAAGAAGCGGCUCCGGUCAGAUCCAGUCCCAGAGGAGCUGAGGUCUGAACCAGGACUGGCCAAAUACUGGGCCCAGAGACACCGGCUCUUCUCUCGCUUUGACCAGGGCAUACGGCUGGACAAAGAGGGCUGGUUCUCUGUGACUCCGGAGAAGAUUGCUGCACACAUUGCGUUCCGGGUUCAGAACAGUUUUCCUGCAGUUCACCUCAUCAUCGACGCCUUCUGUGGAGUCGGAGGAAACGCCAUCCAGUUUGCCCUGAGCGGCAGCAGAGUUCUGGCUGUGGACAUUGACGCCACACGCCUGGAUCUGGCUCGUCACAAUGCAGCGGUUUACGGCGUUGCUGAUCGCAUGGACUUCAUUCAGGGAGACUUUCUGCAGCUCGCUCCCCAUCUCCAUGGCGACGUGGUCUUCCUGUCUCCGCCCUGGGGAGGCCCCGCCUACCUGAGCGCAGAGGUGUUUGACAUCCAGAGCAUGAUGGACCCGGACGGAUUUGAGAUUUUCCAAAAGGCCAAACUGAUCUCGGACAACAUAGUUUACUUCCUGCCUCGGAACGCCGACAUGGACCAGAUGGUGUCUCUGGCUGGUCCUGGAGGUCGAGUGGAGGUGGAGCAGAACUUCCUCAACAACAAACUCAAAACCAUCACUGCGUAUUUCGGAAAUCUGGUCCAAAGCAGCGACGCAGAAGACGGCAUCUGCCGGAGUGCACUGGGACAGGACGAAGCCUCCCAGAAUGCACUGGGACAAGACUGA